AUGGGGGUUGGAAACGUAACCAUAACAGCAGACGCCUACGUCCUUCUCCAAGUGAGCAAAGACGGCCAGAACCGGUCCAACGUAGAUGCUCUGAUCCAUAAGGUGGUCCCACCAGGGAAGGCCGAUGCUAUCACCAGGAUGGCCAGGAAACAGUUCUCCCAGAACCGGGAAAAGCUGGAACCAGUGGCGUCGGAGGAUGAGGUGCAGGAUACUAUGAAGGAGUUUGUGGAGAAAAACGCUGAGCUGCGAACGAAGGAUUUUAGAAUCAAGCCCCAAGUGAUCCAUUUCCGCAGUGACCAGCCCUCGCUAAUGUAUGAAGUGAACGCCAACGUGCUCAUAAAGGCUCUAAAAGACUUCCUCUCUUCUAAACUGGUCGCCCAAUACACAGACGACGUUGCAAAGAGAGCCGCUGUAGUGUACAGGUCUCUUAACAAAAAAGAGAAAUAA